CUCUUCUCCAAUCCGUUCAGAUUUCUGAAGAAGAAUCUCAAUUUGAUCUAUCUGUCUAUCAUCACCGAGCGAUCCAACUCCUCUACUCUGAUCUAUAUCCAUGGCUUCAGGAUCGUUUCAACUAAAACUGAUGGUGGAAGAUGAAAAGAUUGACACAGCUGUUAAGUUCUACAUCAGUGCAUUCGGUGCUUUGGUAGUCAACCACUUCACCGACCCUGAUGAUCAUCAUGUCUAUGAGCUCCUGUUGGCUGUUAAGAAACCAACUGACCUGGGAGCUCAACUAGUUGGUGAAAUCUUGGCAAACGAUGAUGCGAGAAUCGAAGCGAAAGUUACUGAUCCUUUCGGCUUUCACUGGGUUUUCAUUUCUCUCUAGAUCAGUUCCAGAAUGGAGCGCUGCAACAUUUGUCACGUCAACCCUGCACAUGCUCCUGCUCUGUGUACGGAGUACCAGAGAUGGAUUUGUAAAAACAUUCUAAUUAGUGAAAU